CCAACUUCAUAUCUUCAGCUCACGUAACCUCGGAAUUUGGUGUGACGCCUUACCUGGGAGUUAUGGUGUCAUCGCAGUGCACAAUUGUAUAAUCCCGUCGGAGCCGAGGUAAGCUUGAUUGCAUCGCGAAUGAAACAGCCUAAUGUCCAGAACCCUCAAGGAGCGCUUUGGUGCAUUCUAGAGAGGUCCAGCCAAGGCUUGAACACGCCAGACACAACAAUAUGCCAGUGUCACUCAAAGAAGGCCACAGAAAGGCGUCCGCAGCAUGCGAAACCUGUCGGUUGAAGAAGGUCAAAUGUAAUGAAGGUUGGCCUUUAUGCAGCUAUUGCAGUCGCCAUGGGUUCAGGUGCGACUAUGCGAAGCAACGUCCACUAAGCCAUGAAAUACCUUACACUCUCCUCCUCGAGCGUUUGGUCCUGGCAGAAUGCAGGUUGAAACAGCUGGAGCUCUCCUCCAGGGUCCAGAAUCAUCGAAGCACGACUCCAGCGAGCGACUGGAGUGGACCCGACGAUGCCUCCUCACCAUUGCAGCUUUGGUCAGAACCCGGUCGAGUCGCUGCACCCCAGCAUAGCCUAAGAACGCGACCGGAAAUGGGCAGUGCUGACAUUACUUCUCCUGUUGAGAAAGCGGGCUGCUCCUCAUCUGAGGCUUUGACGAGGUCAUAUUAUCUCGGCAGAGCUCCACUUGCAUGCGAGGAAGAACGCCCUCCAUUUCCAGAUCUUGUACUACAGGAACAGCAAGCUUCAGUCGAUGAUGUGAUGCCAGCUGUACAACAGUUCCAGGAUUACGUGGGCAUGUUAUACCCUAUCUUGUGUGACAGUACCAUGUUGAAACUUUCGAAUGCUGUCCUCAGUCAAGGCUUUGGAGAAAAUCUUCAUUCAUGCCUUAUUCUUCUCAUCAUCGCCAUGACAAAAGCACAUGAGAAAGGUGCAUCUGUGGACAGCGGCUUGCUGGACUUCCAACGAGCUAUGCAAUUGCAUACCCGGCUAAGUGCCAAAUUGAGCUUGGAUUACGUUCAGACAUUGUGUUUCUCUGCAUUGUUUCUGUUGAGAAAGAGUCGACUACUUGACUUCAUCAUCACAUUACACUCAUGUUGCACUAUGCUGCAUAUCUUAAUAACGAGAGACCAAGGUUCGGGCAUUAAUCGACCACGGAAUGAAAGAAACAUGAUUGAAUCACUAUUCUGGGUUUGCAGAAAUCUUGAACGCGAUGUGGUGAAUGAAAUCGACGACACGCUCCCCAGCAGUAACCUUGUACAAUACGAGGAGCUUUUCUCGCUACCACUACCAUGUGAAGAAUCAGUAAACAAUAUGCCAACAUACAUUCGCAAUAUCUACACUUUCUUCUUGGCCGAUACCUCUCUGAGAGCAAUACUGGAAAGAAUUCUGGCAGCCUCUAGCCUUACAAGCUGCAUGCAAGGGUUUUCUGUGCAGCUAGGCUGCAGAUCCAAUUUGACGUCCACGCCUGUCAUGCAGGAAAUGCGCCAGCAACUUGAUACUUGGGUGCUCCGUUUACCAACCGACUUUGACUGGUCUGUUGAGCCAGGAUGUGGCACACCAUCCCUGGUUGGGACCCGUCUUAAACUUUUGUAUUGGUUCGCACGAUUUUCCGUGCUGAGGGCGACAAUGCUCCAGAUUCUUUGCGAGUCACCCCUCGAACCACGCUUACUGCAGUGGGAACCCUUUCGAGAAGGCCUACAUCCGGCACUGACCAUGCUGAGAGUUUACCUCGUCGAACAACCAGACAUCGAUGUCCUUAUGGCGAACAGGAUUGUCACCGUACUGGGCUUGCUAAGGAAGGUUGCUGCUGUAACUCCCUGUGCCAUCUUCACCGGAGAGAAUGUGGAAAAUACUGCACGACUCGGAACAAAAGUGUUGUUGAGCAAGAUGCAUGGCUAUUCUGAGUGGAUAACAUGUAAAUUGUGUAAUAUGUAGAGCGAGUCGACAAAUGCAACGUGCAACAGCUCGCCAUCUCCCAUCCAAGAGUGCCUCAGAAAUAGCACAUUCAUAAUGUCUGACGAAAAAUCCAGGUAUAAAAAUCUGUGACCUCAACAAACUCAGAGCAUCGACUUAUUGCGGCUUCAAUGAAUGUG